GUCUCGAAGUUUGAAUUAUCCCUUAAAUGUUAUUUUAAUUGAAUUUUAUCUCGAUGAUACUAUUCAAGAAUUGAGUUUGCCUGAGUUUAAAGACAAAGAUGUUAUACUCGCUACUGGAAAUUUUCGCAUCGUCGAAAAUAUAGACCAAAAUAACAGAAGAUAUUCUAUUUUAAAAGGAUCUUACUUUUAUUAUGAAUAUGACAGUAUAUAA